UGCUGAACAUUUUUUGUAUUUCGUUUCGCAAUAAAUAAUUUCAAUCUGUGCAUUACGCAGCUAGUAUUCGUUGUAUCGUUGAAAGAGUGAGUCGAGUUUAAAGUUUCACAACGUACAGUUAAUUGAAUCUAAUUUUAUUUUUAUUAAUUAUUGCCAUUAGCUCGUGUAUACGAAAUGAAGUAUCUAAUUUUCUUUGCGGUUGCAAUCGCAGUGAGCAGUGGCACGUUUAUACAAGAUGUUCUUAAGGAAGAGUGGCAUUCGUUUAAGCUCGAGCAUUCGAAGAAAUAUGAUGACCCCAUGGAGGAACGUUUUCGUCAGAAGAUCUUCCUUGAAAGCAAACGUAAGAUUGCCCAGCACAACCAACUGUACGAGAUGGGAAAAGUGACAUACAAACUAGGUUUGAACAAAUAUGCCGAUCUACUUCAUCAAGAGUUCGUUUCAACCAUGAACGGUUUCAAUCGCAGCACUAGCAAUUUCUACAAGUCGAAUAUAAAAUCAGAAGCUGUUACAUUCAUUGAACCUGAUGUGGAUGUACCUACAUCGGUGGAUUGGCGAACGAAAGGAGCAGUAACACCGGUUAAAGAUCAAGGACAUUGUGGAUCGUGCUGGGCUUUUUCCGCAACGGGGGGACUAGAAGGACAACAUUUCCGAAAGACUGGCAAAUUGGUUUCGCUCUCUGAACAAAAUUUGGUUGAUUGUUCGGGUAAAUACGGAAACGAAGGCUGCGACGGUGGAAUCAUAGAUGAAGCCUUCCUUUAUAUUAAGGACAAUGGAGGUAUUGACACGGAAGAGACAUAUCCAUAUGAAGCCGUAGAUGGCACUUGUCGUUAUGUUGCUGCAAAUUCUGGAGCAACCGACAAAAAUCUUGUUGAUAUUUCGGAAGGAGAUGAAGCUAAAUUAAAAAAAGCCUUAGCAACAGUUGGACCGAUCUCCGUUGCUAUCGAUGCAUCCAGUAAGUCAUUCCAUUUAUAUUCUGAAGGUAUAUACUAUGAACCAGAAUGCAGUUCGGAAGAUUUGGAUCAUGCAGUUCUUGCUGUUGGUUAUGGUACUGAUGAAAAAGGCCAGGAUUAUUGGAUCGUUAAAAAUUCAUGGGGAACCACUUGGGGAGAGGAUGGUUAUAUUUUGAUGGCGAGAAAUAGAAACAAUCAUUGUGGAAUUGCUACCAGUGCCAGCUAUCCAUUAGUUUAAGUAAUUUUUUAAAUUCAAUUUUGUAGAUUGAGAUAAAUAAAAACUUUGGGA